UUGUCAACUGCAGCUCUGCAAGCAGUGCUUAGAAAAGCAGCGUCUCAGCAAAUCUGUUUUUUUUAUAUGAACCAAACAUUCAACUUAGAGUCGCGGUUUCUCAGCAAAACGUCCCCGUAAGUUUUAUACGUGUUUGUGUGUCAAACUCAGCAAGAAUUGCUGAGCUACAGCAAGUAGAAGCAGCGAGCAAGAGACGUUAACGUUUUUCGCAGAGAAGCCGCCGUACGAAUUUGUCUCAAAGAAGAAAAAGCAAAAAAAUAGAGGAAAAUUUCACAAAUGUGUUAAAAUUUAAAGAAAAUAUAAUUCGAAUUCCCCAACAUAAAUUGUAUUUAUUUUUUUUUAAUAUUUACAAAAAAUAAAUUAAAAAGUGUAGAGCAAAAUCACAACAUCUAAAUAAAAUUUAAACAAGUGAUAAAAUGUCUGAAGCCGAAUCAACUUCAGUGGUAAAACCACCACCACCGAAAUCAAGCCUCAGUGAUUUGAGACAAUUUCGUAUUAAUAAAAAUGCCGCAACAGCAGGCGCUGGAGCAAAAACUGAGCGUGUACCCGGCAAGAAACGUAUCCAGGUUAUGGCUGACAGUGAUACCGAUGAGGCUGAUGGUAAUUCUCCUAAGAAAACCAAGUUGGAGUUAACGGUCAAAGAGAAGGAGGAACGAUUUUUAGCGGCGGCCAAAAUCUCUUCAGAAUAUGAUACUAUGGAUAUACAAGAUGCCUUGGUUCAUAGUGGUUGGGAUGUAUCGGCCGCUUUACGUUAUCUUAAAGAUAAAUGUCAACCUAAGAGUCGUUCCGGCCAGUCAACUGGCAAUACUUCCACGACCAAACCUACGACAGUAGAUACAGCUAAACCUGCCACCAAUGGCAGUUCGAAGCAUCACUCAUCGAAAUCAAAGAAAUCUGCUAAUUAUGAUUCAGAAGCUGAUGAUUCGGCCGACGAAUCUUAUGCAAAGGGCCAAGUUUACGACAGUGAAGAUAGUGAUGGUGAAGAAUCAAGGGAAAUGUCCGGCCAGCGUAAAAAAGUAUUUGAAUUUAUGAACACUGCCUCAUUAAUGGAACUACAAACGGUUAAAACUCUGUCCGAAAAGAAAGCAAGUCUUAUUGUUGAUUUAAGGCCUUUUAAAGAUUGGGCAGAUUUGCGUAAGAAGCUAGAAUCAAACAAAGCCUUGUCAGCCGAACUGCUGAACAAUGCCCAGGAACUUAUCAAUAAGCAAAACAAUGUUGCCAACAUUUUGACUAAAUGCAACAAAUUAGUACAACGACUAGAAGCUGCCAUUGAGGCUGGAGCUGGCAUUGUGGAGCAACCGAAAAUUCUCAAUGACAAGUUCAAAUUGGCAGACUACCAAUUGAUUGGUCUCAACUGGCUAACAGUGAUGAAUAAGCAACAGAUGAAUGGCAUUCUUGCCGAUGAAAUGGGUCUGGGUAAAACUAUACAAGUUAUAGCAUUCUUAGCAUAUCUAAAAGAAAACAAGCUCUCCAAGGCGGCUCAUUUAAUUGUUGUUCCCUCGUCCACACUGGAUAAUUGGGCAGGUGAGUUGGCCAGAUGGUGUCCCAGUUUAAUUGUAGAAAAAUACCAUGGGUCACAGGAGGAAAGAAGACGUAUGCGUAUACGUUUCGCUAAGGAAGGCUUUAGUGGUUUUGAUGUUCUUUUAACAACCUACCACAUUGUUUCCAGUACACCCGAGGAACGUAAAAUGUUCCGGGUUUGUAAAUUACAUUAUGUGAUCUUUGAUGAAGCGCAUAUGUUGAAGAAUAUGACAACUGCGCGUUAUUCCAACUUAAUUACAAUUAAUGCCGAAAUGCGUAUUUUAUUGACGGGCACCCCGCUGCAAAAUAAUCUCUUGGAGUUGAUGUCACUGCUGUGCUUUGUUAUGCCCAGUUUCUUUGGUAAAAAUGUUGAAGACAUUAAGAGUUUAUUUGGCAAGAAAAACAAAACCGAAAAUGGCAAUGAAGAAGUCUCACAGUUUCAAGAAACCCAAGUAGAGAGAGCCAAACGUAUUAUGAAACCUUUUGUAUUAAGACGUUUGAAGAAAGAUGUACUGAGUAAUUUGCCCAAAAAAACAUCUUAUGUUGAAAAAGUGACAAUGUCCGAAUCACAAAAGCGUUACUACAACGAACUGGUUGAUUACUAUUCAUCAACACGAGCAGAAUUGUGCAGUGGUGAUCGUGCCGGUGUUACAAUUAUGAUGGAAAUGCGUAAAUUAGCGAAUCACCCACUGUUGGCACGUUACUAUUUCAGUGAUGAAAAGCUAAGGGAGUUCUCUAAGCGCUUGGCAAAUGUAACAUCAUAUAAGAAAACAAAUCCACAAUAUAUAUUUGAAGAAUUGGCAAUUAUGUCCGAUUUCCAAGUAAUGCAACUCUGUAAUAAAUAUGAACUUUUUGAUGUAAAGAUACCUGAUAGACUUAUAUUGGACUCUGGUAAAUUUAAACAUUUAGACACUUUAUUGCCCAAACUGAAGGAGGAGGGACAUCGCGUAUUGAUUUUCAGCCAAUUUACCAUGAUGUUAGAUAUCGUGGAGCGAUAUCUGACCAUACGUAAGCAUGGCUUUUGUCGCCUAGAUGGCUCAACGGCCGUUGAAGAACGUCAGGAUAUGAUAAAUGAUUUCAAUAAGGAUUCGGAAAUUUUCAUCUUUCUGUUGUCCACAAAGGCGGGUGGUGUUGGUAUAAAUUUAACAGCCGCCGAUACUUGUAUUAUACACGAUAUCGAUUUCAAUCCCUACAACGAUAAACAGGCCGAAGAUCGUUGCCAUCGUAUGGGACAAACAAGACCUGUGAGCAUUUAUCGUUUAAUAACAGAGGGCACAAUUGAGGAGGGCAUGUUGAUGGUGGCCGAGGAAAAACUUAAACUGGAGCAGGAUAUCACCUCAAAUGAGAAGGGUGAAGUGCAGGAAACCAAGUGCGUUGUGAGGCUUUUAACUAUGGCUUUAGGCCUGGAUAAGGAUGAAGAGGAACAGUUAAAUAAAUCAAUUAAUAACUCAUUAACAUCUCCUUCCAAGUAGAAUUUUAUUUAGUUUUUAUUAUCAGAACUCAUAAAAUAAAAUUCUAUUCGUUACGACGAUUCGAUACUAAUUAUAUUAUAAAUCUAUUACUUAAUUUAAAUAAUUUGGUACAAACUAAAGUUUUUUUUUAUUUAUCUAUCCCUCUUCGAUUAAAUUUAAUUAUUCAAAAUAUCUUAAAUUUCUAGUAGAAGUAGACAUUUUGUAUCACUACCCAAACAACUCUUCACCCAAAAUAUGUAAAGCAAGAGAAUGUAUUUAGUUUUUGUUUUAUUCCGAUUAUUUUUUUAAUAUAAAAUUAUUGUUAUUGAAAUUCAUUUGGCUGUACUUGCACUACGUCUAAACAUUCUUGUAAUUUACUCAACUCGUAAGAAUUAUUUUUUAAAUAUGUAAUACAUACUAACAUUUAUUUACAAUACCUUAGAUCUUUUGCUAAUACAUAAAACUACUAUUAUUUUUGCUGUUGUUAAUAAAAUAAAGUGAAAUUGUACACUUGCUUAAAUUGGAAUAUAAA